CAUUGUUCCAUAUAUAGCCAUUGCUCUCCCUUUUCUACUCUUUAACUCUCAUUUCUUCUUUAACACCCAUUAUUUCUCUUUCCAAAAAUAAAAAAAACUAAAAAAAUAUCAUCAUUUUUCUUACUUUCUUUCUCAAAGUUUCACUCUUGUGAAUAAAUUGUGUGAUUAAAGAGUGAUUAAUUAGAGCAUAAUCAUGAUGUAUGAAAGGCGAUUCGAUGGGAGAAACAAUCACUUGAUCAAUAAUCUUACUAUUAAUAGUAAUAAUACUAUUAGUAAUAAUAUUAAUCAUGGGAAGAUUACUAUGAAGGAUUCAAAAAGAUCAAGAUCAUCAUCAACAACUAACAAUAAUAAUAAUAAUAAUCAUAAUAAUUCAAAUGAUCAUCAUCAAGAAGAAAGGCUUGAGAUUGUUGAUUUAAGUGGAAAAUCUCUUGAUUCUCUCCCUAAUCCUUCUAUUAAUCUUGCCUCCAUUUGCAAACUUGAUCUUUCCAACAAUAAUCUUGAGAAUAUCCCAGAAUCAAUGAUAGCAAGAUUGCUGAAUGUAGUAGUGUUGGAUGUACACUCAAAUCAACUCACUUCUUUACCCAAUUCAAUUGGAUGUUUAUCGAGACUCAAGAUCUUAAAUGUUUCAGGAAACCUUCUUAGUUCGAUCCCCAGAACUAUCGAGAAUUGCAGAUUACUAGAAGAACUAAACGCCAACUUCAACAAACUCACAUUUUUACCGGACACAAUUGGCUUUGAACUCCAAAACCUCAAGAAACUCUCAGUAAACUCCAACAAGAUCGCCUUCCUACCCUUGUCAAUAUGCCAUGCAACGGCGUUACGCGUCCUCGACGUACGUCUAAACUGCCUCCGCGCGCUACCGGAAGACAUGGAAAACCUAAUUAACCUCGAAGUCCUCAACGCGAGCCAGAACUUCCAGUACCUCGUCGAACUACCCUACUCGAUAGGCUUAAUAAUGUCGCUCGUGGAACUCGACGUGAGCUACAACAAGCUUUCGGAACUUCCAACGUCGCUAGGGUGUCUUCGGAAACUUCAGAAACUUAGGGUUGAAGGAAACCCUUUGCUUUCACCACCUUUGGAAGUAAUUGAGCUAGGGUUACAUGCUGUUAGGCAAUAUAUGAGUGAGAAAAUUAAUGGUUAUCAUAAUAAAGAUUCUAAAAAGAGGUCUUGGUUUAAGAACCUUAAGAAGUAUGCUACUUUUAGUCAUGGUAAUGGGAAUGCAACUCCUGGUAGAAGGUCAAACUAUGAAGUCGGCCCACGAGGGCUCGUGUUACCGGAGUAUCGCGCCAUCGAUGCUCUUGCUUCGCCGAGGAUCUUCUCUCCGAAAAGGUUUUUCUCUUCACCUCGCAACUACUUCUCCAAGUUACAUUAAGGUUCUGUUUGGUUUGGUACGGUGUAAAAUUAACGUUUUCGAUCAUCAAAGUAUUUUGCCGGAUCUGAGGUGUCAUGAAUUUGGAAAUGUACUGUAUGAUCGUCGCAACACAUGUCAAAGGCUCAUUAGUCAUUACGAGAUGACUUAAGUACAUUAUUGCUCUUUAUGACUCUCGAUAAAGAAGGUUCUAGUUCCAAAGGUCCAAUAAUACAAUGUAUAUACAUAUAGGGGUUUGGAAGCCUUAAUUAUAUAUGCAAGAUUUUGUGGUUUGUUGCUCGAUAAUACAAAUGAGGGAGUGAGAGUGCCAGAGUGCAUGGGAGUGUUUAAUUAUCACCCUUAGCUUUUUAAUGGGAAUUAUACAUUAGCAUGUAUGGAAGAAACAUACAAAUAAAUAACUUUUUAUAAGUUUUGUGCA